UGUCAGAGAGCAGACGGGACUGGGCUCAGAUGAUGGGGAUUAGGGAGCAGGGCUUGUGAGGAGGGUAAGAAAUUCUUUACUUGCUUGACUGCCUGACUGACUUCAGAUUCGCUCUGCAGUAGUUCAUACAGACAGCAUGGGAACCGGAGAGUACAUGUGCAUCACUUUAGAAGGUGGGGCGCCCUGGGGGUUCUCCCUGGAAGAAAGACAGGGUGGAGCUCCUUUGAUGGUUUCCAAGGUAGAAGAAGGCAGUCGCGCAUUCAAGGCCGGAUUAAAGGAAGGAGACGAGGUGGUGUCGCUGAACAAAGAGCCAUGUGCGAGGGUCACCCUUUUACAAGCCCACUCCCUCAUGGACACGUGUAGUAACUGCCUGCAGUUACUUAUUAAAAGGUCUGUGACCAGUGAAGCUUUAACAAGCUUCCCCAUAAAGUACAGUAGAAACAAUCCCAGGGAGCUCCACAUAGCCGAAUCCCAGGAUGAAUCGUCUGAUGGCGACCAAGGAAUCGGGGGUGACCCUGUAGAUGUGGACUGUACCUUUCUUGGAGGUGCCCGUGGCAUCGUAGGAGGGUCCACCAUUACCACCACAAAGGAGGCGCCAGCCGCCAUUCGAAAGCCACUGAGCCACCAUGGAGUCGUCCAAGGGAUGAUAUCAUCAGCAUCAGCAGGGAGGAGCCUGGGAAGCUCCCAGAGCAGAGCAGAGGACGGGGGAGGUCCUUGUGAGGGUCCUGGGUCUUUUGGAGUUGCUUUCAAACUCCCUUCAGAUGAAGGGACACCCGCAGAGGAAGAGGAGGAGGAUUCUGACCAGGGGAAACCCAACAGGCACCGGGCAAAGCACGCCAGGCUCAGGCGUAGCGAAAGUCUCUCCGAGAAGCAAGUGAAGGAAGCCAAGUCCAAAUGUAAGCGGAUCGCCCUCCUUCUCACUGCCGCGCCACUCAACCCCAACAACAAGGGGCUGUUGAUGUUCAGGAAGCACCGGCAACGAGCCAAGAAGUACACCCUUGUGAGCUACGGCACCGGCGAAGACGAGCAGGACUACAGCACAGAAGAAGACGAUAUUGAAGUGGAAAGCCGUCAAAGUGGAAUACAUGUUUUGGAGUUCACACUCGCAGCACAGGACCGCACCAAUUUAGAGAAGCACUUCCGGAAAGGUGGCAAAGGUGUGCUGACCAUCAGCCUCCAGGAUAAAGAUCUCCUUGGGCAGAAGAAGAUGAUGGACUGUCUACCGGACACCAAGGGAAAAGGCGCUCUCAUGUUCGCUCAGCGGCGCCAGAGGAUGGACGAGAUAGCUGCAGAGCAUGAAGAGCUCCGGCGCCAGGGAACUCAAGUAGAAGGAGCGCAGGAAAAGCAGAAAGUGGCAGAGCCGUCCUAUAUACAGUCCGCCACGGAGGACCACGCAUAUAUGGACGUGAAUUUACACCAGCGGCAGCAGUAUCAGCAGUACCAAGAGCAGCAGUACUACGAGCAACAACAGCAGUAUCAGCAGCAGUAUCAGCAGUAUCAGCAACAAAUGCAUCAUCAGGAGUUUUCUCAGAAUGGCUCAGUCCAACACCAAAACAGUGAGAUGCAGAGUUCUUUUAGCAAUCGUACCGCAAAGCCGUUUUCAGUACAAAACAUGGCCGCCACUCCUUACUGUGCCGCCAUGAGUGGUGCCGAUCAAGAGUCGAUGGGUUAUGGAGAGCAAAUUGCCUCCCGUGAUGAGCGCAUUUCCACGCCAGCCAUCAGGACCGGCCUUCUGGAUUCCAAGAGAAGGAAUGCCGGCAAGCCGAUGUUCACUUUUAAGGAGGCGCCAAAGGUAUCACCCAAUCCUGAGUUGCUAAACCUUCUUAACAUGAGAAGGGAUAAGAAGACAGGGAUUGAAUUGGGAGCAGAGGAGGACUACCUGAGCCUGGGCGCAGAGGCUUGUAAUUUCCUGCAGUCUGCAAGACUCAAAUACAAGUCUCCUCCACCUGUGGCCCCCAAACCCAUGGUUAACCCUAGCACCGCUCCACAGAUUGACAGCCAGGACAUGCCUCAGCAGCAUGCUGAAAAUAGUGCAUACCCACCUGCUGCAGCCCCCACCGUAGAGACCACCCCAUCUACAGACCAAGAGCCAAACUAUGUUGCCCCUGAGCCCUCUCUCCCUCAAACUGCAGAGGAUCAACAAACAUGGCCUCCCUCAGUGCCAGAAACACAACAAAUGACACAAGUGCAAGAGAGGAAUGCUCAAGCCAGUUCCUCACCACAGCCUGAGCCAGGAACAAUGUGGGAUUCAGCUCCAAUACACACAGCUGCCCAACAAUCCACAGUUGGAUUCCAGGUACAUCAGCCACAGGAUCUACCUCCAAGUCAAUCCCCUUCUCAACCACAGUGGGUGACACAUCAGACUGCUCCGAGCAAUGUCCAGGCUCAGCCGCCAGCAGCCAAUACUUGGCAGACAUCCUGGACCCAACCAGAGCAAGCACAGCCACCUCCCCAACCAUCUUGGAGUCCGCCUCAAAAAACACCACAAACAACCUGGACACAAGAUCCACAAGUACAACCCACCUGGGGACAACCACAAAAUCUGAUGCAGCAGCAACAGCAGUCUUCCUGGGAACAGCCUCCGCAAGUACAGUCUCAAUUGGCAUGGACGCAGAAUAAAGCCCAAGUUCAGCCGUCUUGGGUUCAGCCAGAACCAUCGUGGAGUCAACCCGCACAGCAUCAGGCUCCACCACAAGACUGGCCGCAAAACCAAGCACCAGAUAAACACUGGGUUCCCUCUCAGCCGCAGCAGCAACCUCCCAUUGAUUGCUGGCCUCUGUCACAACCUCAAUGGCCCCAAGCAGCCCAACCACAGCCUCCAGUCAGUUUGAAUACUUGGGCCCCAGCUCCUGCCCAGCCAAAAUGGACCCAACAGGCUCCAGAACAGGUCCAGCAUGCCACUCCUUCAUGGGGAGUAGCUCAGGAUCAGGCCCAACAACAGCAACCUUGGUUUCAGCCGACUCAUCCGCAACCGUCACCACAGCCCACCUGGCAACCUCCGAAGCCUCCACCACAGCCUCCAAUGAAUGCAUGGCCUGCAGCUCAACCUCAGACCUCCAUUAAGACCUGGGCACCUCAGUCCCAGCAAAAACCUGCAACCAACACUCACCCCUCGCUAAAACCUUGGCAACACAACCGCGGCCCUCCUCCACCCCCACAUGCUCCGCAGCGUACUUUUGCCAUGGGUCACAGAGCUUCCUCACCUAUAAACCCCUUGGCCACAGUCUUGAACCCCUCGUCUGCCGGCUCGGCUUUCGAGAUGCCAGUAGUCAAGGGAAAAGGUGCCGACAUGUUUGCCAAGCGGCAAUCUCGUAUGGAGAAGUACGUCGUGGAUUCGGAGACGGUGCAAGCCAACAAAGCGAGCCGAUCGACAUCGCCCGCCGCUUCCUUACCCAAUGAGUGGAAGUACACCCCUAAUAUAACUGGGAGGAGCUACUCUCUUUCCCCCCCAUCCAGAGUGUUCUCCACAGCCUAUCGUCAUCCAACCCAGACAUCAAGGCAGAUGUCCUCCUGGAGGGAGAAGGCCUCCAAACCACUCACACCGUGGGAGGCCGCAUCCCGCCAUCCGCUGGGUCUGGUGGAUGAAGCCUUCACCGUCCAAGAUCUUGAGCAGAGCCUGGCCGCCAAUGUUCACCUGGCCGCACAGUGCAGAAUGGUCCCAGAGCCGUCGCCCCAGUGGAAGGCAAGGGUGACCUACCAAGCCCCGCAAAAACCCUGCGGUCACAGUAGAGGUGGCGUCUCCAGUGAUGGAUACGGUUCCUUGCCUCGACAGUGGCAGCCUCGACAGUGGCAGCCUCAUAGGGCGCCAUCAGUGGGGCAGCAAACAUACAAGUCUGUUUAUGGCACAAAAUAUAGUUGGAAGCAGUAGG